ACUUGCGAACUCUCACUCACCAUGGGUAUCCAACCCAGCGGUCCGACAUCACAGGCCGAUUUCUUCAACACCGCAGACCAACUGGUUCAGGAAUAUGGACAGAUCCAGGUUCUGGAUGACCUGAUCCGUUUGCGAGCUGCCGAUCUCGUCCAACACCCGAUUCUUGCCUAUCCCCGAUCAGCGGGCCAUGCCGCGUCCUAUGACUACUAUAGCGGUCAAGACUUGAAUACCAUGAUCAACCAAGCAGCGACGAUGCUUAUGGACCUUGGCUCCCAGACGGUAGGUCUGCCGAUGCCGUCCGGCCUCACACAUUCUGACAGCUCUUCUCAGCCAAGACGAAACAAAUCGGUUGUCGCGCUCCUUGCCUUGUCAGAUCUUGACAUGGUCGUGACAUUCUUUGCUCUGAGCCGACUGGGCUACAUUGUCCUCAUGCUUUCGCCAAGAUGGUCGGGUAAGGCGUGUGUGUCCCUGUUAGAGACGGCGGGAUGCGCGACAAUUGUUUACGGGGAAACCCCUAGCAUCCGCUCGACGGUGGGUAACAUAUUGCAACGGAAGCUGGUGAGCUGCCGUCCCCUACCUCGAAGCUCUUUGGACACCAAAGCUAAGCCCAGGUUCUUCUUCCUUCGCCGCGAUCGUAACCCCGACAAGACCGCCGUGAUCCUGCAUUCUUCAGGAUCCACUGGCACCCUCAAACCGCUGUUCCUUACCCAUCGAGCGCUCAUGACACACCCUCUGAGAGGCCCUGGACUCACAUCGUUCAAUCCUCUUCCCUGGUACCAUCUGCACGGGCUGUCCACCGCAUUCCAGGCCAUGUGGAGGAGAAAGACAGCAUACAUGUGGAAUGCCGCACUGCCAAUGACAGCGGAGCACGUGCUCACCGCCUUGGAACAAGCUUGGCCCGAGCUGAUAGCUGCAGUUCCGUACAUGCUGCAGCUGUUGGCGGAUGAUCCUCGUGGCAUUGCGGCGCUGCGGAAAUGCACGCUGGUCACGUACGGGGGUGCUCCCUGCCCGGACGAAUUGGGCGAUCGCCUGGUCAGGGAAGGUGUCACUUUUGGAGGUUCAUUCGGCCUCACCGAGGCAGGCCUUGUGGCAGAUUCGAUCUCACGUUCCGAAGACGACCACGGUUGGAACUACCUGCAGUUCUUUGAUAGCGUACGACCAUAUAUUUGGAUGAAAUCCAUCAGCGAAACUGAACCUCUCUAUGAAUGCGUUUACCUGGCCGGUCAUCCGGCUUUGACCACGUCCAAUUCAGACGAUCCACCCGGGUCUUUCCAUUCUAAGGACGUAUUCGCCCCUCAUCCUACGAUUCCGGAGCGCUGGAAGUACAUGUCGAGACUGGAUGACCGCGUCACCCUCGUCAAUGGCGAAAAAGUCUUGCCACUUUCUAUGGAAGGUCAUGUCAAGCAACAUCCGCUGGUUCACGAAGCGGUGAUGGUGGGAGUGGGCAAAGCCACUCCGGGACUUCUGGUCUUGCGCUCGGAGGAAGCCGAGUCUGAUCCUCUGCCGGAUGAGGACUACCUCGAUGCUAUCUGGCCGUCCAUUGAAGAGGCUAAUUGCCAGGCAGAGGCCUUUGCUCAGAUUUCACGGGACAUGGUGGCGAUUCUGCCACACACUGCAACGUUCCCCCGAACAGACAAAGGCUCUAUGAUACGAUCACAGCGCGACCCAGGGGGCCUCCAACUAGGCCUGGCCGAGACGCAGUCUCACCUUCUUCAGCUGUGCUGGGAUGAACUCGGGGUCUCCAUCUCGAGUGUGGAUGCCGAUCUCUUUUCCGAAGGUGUCGACAGCCUAAAAGCAAUGCACCUCCGCCGCUUGAUUCUGCAGCAGUUCAGAUUUGAACCCUGCCACUCUCCAAGUCCAAACUCGGUGUUUGAAAUGGGCACUCUCUCGCAGCUAGCCCUCUACAUCUGCGCGCUGCAGAGCGGAGACAGCCUCUCGACGGCCGAAGACAGUAUCUUACUGAUGGACAAGCUGGUCAAGAAAUACUCCUCAUUUCGGAAACACUUGCCUUGCCCGGAAACUCCACGGAGGACAAGGACGGUGCUGUUGACAGGAGCUACUGGGUCAGUGGGUGCACACGUGCUGUUCGAAUUGCUGAACGAUGACUCGGUGUCGACCGUUUACUGUCUCACACGGAGGGCAUCUCCGUUAAAGGCGGUGCGCGGCAGUCUGUUCGAAAGGGGCCUGUUGCUUUCACCAGAACAGACAUCAAAGGUUGUGGCACUAAACGGCGCACUGGACCGGCCUGACUUUUGUCUGGACCCAGUGGGGAAGACCUUUCACCGUAUGCUAGACUCUGUAUCUUUAAUCAUCCAUGCUGCAUGGCCAGUCAACUUUAACCUCCCCCUCGCUCAUUUCGAGCCACACCUCCGGGGACUAUACAACCUCAUUACAUUUUCACUUUCGGUCCGAAGACUUGAACCUGCGGUCAUGUUGUUUUGCUCUUCCAUCUCUACGGCGCUGGGGGCCUCCUCGGCCACGAUCGAAGAGGAAGCAGUUGAUCUCAACAGCGCGCAGAAGGGCUACGGUCAGUCCAAGCUGGUGGGAGAAAGGAUGGUCAGCCUUGCACGCCGGUCAGGCGCAAGAGCGUACUCUCUCAGAAUUGGUCAAGUCUCGGGACAUUCGAAGAAAGGCCUAUGGAACGACUCCGAUGUAAUUCCUUUGCUGAUCCGAUCGGCACUGACCCUACGCGCCCUGCCUGAACUACAUCAGACCUGUUCGUGGCUUCCUGUGGACAAGUUGGCCACAGUAAUGCUCGAGUUGGCCGAGUCAUGCUCUGCGCCUGAGCGCGACGUUUUGCCAAGCACCGUGUCCGACAUCGCCGGGAUGGCCUAUGUUGACGACUCGAUCUACAACGUGUGUAACUCGCGCGUGUUUUCUUGGUCGGAGCUGCUGGCGGCCCUCCAACGGAGCGGAUUUCAAUUUCAGGUUUUGCCGUUUGAAGAGUGGCUUCAGUUGCUCCGCGAGAGUGAGGCACGAGGUGAAGAACAUACCAACCCGGCAGUCAAACUGAUCCAUCAUGAGAUGAUGCAUGGUGUCCAGUCUUCCAUUGAUCACAGCGGGACGAAAGUGUUUGCGACGGACAAGGCUGAAAGAGAUAGCGUGACUCUACGCAGUGGCUACUUGAAUAUUGUCCAAGACAAUAUUUUGGACUGCUAUGCCCGAGACUGGCUUGUGAGGUGGAAGGCUUUCUAA